AUGCCAAUCAAUACAAUUAAUAUAAACUAUCAAAGAUUGCCAACUCGGCAACAUAUCACUGAAAUCAAUUAUACCGGUAGAAGUUUUUCCAGAAAAAGAAUCAAUCAUGAAAUAGAAAAACUUAGGACUAGAAUUCCAAAUAAAAAAUUUCAAGUUCUUCUUCCUUAUGAGCAGUGGAAACCCGGCUCAUGGUUUGAGGAUGGAGAAGAUAUAUCAUUAUUUUCAUUGCUAGAUCAUUAUGAUGAGUCCCAAUUGCCAGAAGGUGGAGGAGAUCCUGGAUCUUAUAAUCGAUUUAUUAUUUACAUGAUGGAUCCUCCAGCAUUAUCAGGUGGUUGUAAUGCCAAAAAAGACAGCGGUCUAAAUGAUUGUCUUUAUCAAUGUUUAUAUCAUGCUUAUGGAACAUUUUCAAACCUUCCAAAAAUUAUCAAAAAGCCAGAAAUUCUUAAGCAAGCUUUGGGCUUACAAAGGAAUGAAGCAGUUCCAGUAGAACUUAUUGAAAAAGUAGAAAAAUUAGCUAAAACUAUUGCAAUUAAUAUACCAAAGGAACCUUUAAUAUAUAAAAUGGAUGGAAUAAAUAAUACUGUAAAAAUUUUUAAUGGAAAAGAUGUAUGCACUGUUACUACUAUAGAAUGGCAAAAGUUACAAUCAAAAUCUCGUUUUGGGAAAAAUUGUUAUAUUCCAGUUGUCAAAGAUAAAAAUUCCGGAAUUUAUGAAUCAUUGGAUGAAGCUUAUACAAGAAUACAUGAGGAAUGA